AUGCCAACGCUCUCGGGCAAGAAGUGCCAGGCAUUCAGCACAGAGGAACGUGGCAUGGAUUUCCAGUUCCUGCAUGUCUUUUCUGCAAGGAACAUUUCCCGCAAGUGCCUGCAAGACACGAACGAAUUCCUUUCUGACCUGAACUCAGCGGAACCCAAAGAAUAUGCGCUCAGAAUGUAUGACUCCGUGGGGAAGCUUGGGAGCAACGUUCUGAGUGGAAAUGUACACCGGCUGGGCUCCUACAGCGAGUGCCUCUCUGCUCGAGCUCCCGGGGGCCACUUCCGUGGGCAGUACUGCAAGCUGCACAUUCGGCAGGACGGCACCGACUACAGCGUGGGGGUGUGCGUCCCUGACUCUUGCUCCAAAGAGGAGGUGACAAGGAUGUCUUUGCUGGGUAUUUUGAAAUUCCGAGGCGCUCCGUUUGAGGCCCCUUCCCUCACUCUCUUUGCACAGAAUUCUUCCUCCUUGGUUCGCAGGCGUGCGGCCAGGUGUGCGUCUGGAAAGUUCCCCCUGGACCUGUUUGCAGCCGUGUGUCUGUUCUUCACCCUGCUGGGUCCCGCCCUGCCUCUGGCUGGAACCUUCUAUGUAGCCUUCCGGGGCGGGGCAGCAUCUUCCGAGCCCCGGGCACCGCCAGCCCAUUAUGGGAGCCUGCACCUGAGCGACCGGCUGCGGAGCGGGCAGAGGGACAGCACGCUGGGCCCAGGGGUCCCCAGCCAAGAACGAAGGUUCCCCGAGGCCGUGGCCCAUGUGCUGAUUUGCCUUUCUUGGCAGAAGAGUGUGUCGACCGUCUGGACGCCGGAGACACCCGGAAGCACAUGCCCAGCACUGGACGGCAUCCGGGCCUUGAGUCUCCUCUGGGUCAUGUCCGGGCACACCGCUCAGAUGACCGCGUGGCUGUCUUUGGAUAACGUGCUCGAGUGGAAGAGCAGGGUCCCCCGGAGCCCGCUGCACCUCUACUCGCGGAGUGGCCCCUUCUACCUGGCCGUCGACACCUUCUUCCUCAUCAGCGGCUGGUUAAGUGCAAAGUCACUUUUCAAGCUGCUCCAGAAUUCAGAGGAUGGGAUAACACCCAAGUUCCUACUCAGAUACUUCCUCGGACGCCUUAUGAGGCUGCAGCCCCUUCACCUGUACUCCGUGUGCCUGUCGGUGACCCUGUUCUCGCUCGUGCCCUGGGGUCCCGUGUGGGAGGUGCCCCAGUUCCACCUGGACAGCUGUCGCAGGGCUUGGUGGACGAACUUGCUGCUGCUGAAUAACUUCCUGUCGGUCAGCCGGGCGUGCAACGGCUGGACAUGGUACCUGGCCAAUGACCUCCAGCUCCAUCUCUUGGCACCGGUCCUGGUCUUUGUCCACAGAAAAAGCAAACGCCUCCUGGUCGCCGUAGGGACCCUGUUGCUGCUGGCGUCCUUCACAGCCACUGCCCUGCUCACCCUGCUCUACCGCCUGCCGGUGGCAGAUCCGUCGGAGGCCAGUGAGGACGUGUCUGUGCUGUACUUCCUGGAGUACUACACCAAGCCCUACUGCCGCUGCGGCCCCUUCCUCCUGGGCCUCUUUCUGAGCCUGUUCGUGCACCAAAGCCCCCCGGCUACUAUCAGAACCAAGGCGCAGGCCAUGCUUGGCUGGAUGUGCUCGCUGUCUGGGCUGUUUGUUGCCGUCGCACCUGCGUACAUGGCAGAUGACUCCUCAGCUAUCACCCCAGUGGCCACCGCACUCUACCAGGCCACGCACCGGACCCUGUGGGCAGCGGCUGUGGGCUGGGUGCUGUUUGCUUGCCGGCAAGGCUACGGAGGUCUGGUGAACCGGCUGCUUUCUUGCGGCCUCUGGCACUUUCUGGCCAGCAUCAGCUACGCCUGCUACUUGGUGCACCCCAUCCUCAUCAUUCUCUACAAUGGGCUCCAGGAGACGCUGAUUCACUACACAGACACCAACAUGCUCUACCUCUUCCUGGGACACUGCUCGCUCACCUUCACCGCGGGGCUGGCGCUGACGCUGCUGGUUGAGAAGCCAUGGCAGGAAGUUCGGCGGAGCCUACUGGGGGCCAGUCCUGCAGGGCCAUGA